AUGUUGGGGCUGUGGGCAUUGCCGCAGGGAUCUGGGCAUCGCCUGCUGGGACUGUCCUUGCUAGGCUUCUGCCUGGUCUUACUGGGGGGUGCCAAGAGGCCCCCCAAGACUCCCCCAUGCCCACCCAGCUGUUCCUGUACCCGGGACACUGCCUUCUGCGUUGACUCCAAGGCUGUGCCCAAGAACCUGCCCACUGAAGUCAUCUCCUUGACAUUGGUGAAUGCAGCCUUCUCAGAGAUCCACGAUGGAGCUUUCUCUCAUCUGCCACUCCUUCAGUUCUUGUUACUCAAUUCCAACAAGUUCACUCUGAUCGGAGACAAUGCCUUCAUGGGACUAUCCCAUCUGCAGUACCUCUUCAUUGAGAACAACGACAUCUGGGCACUGUCUAGGUUCACCUUCCGGGGACUCAAGUCGUUGACACAUCUCUCGUUGGCCAAUAAUAAUCUUCAGACUCUACCUAGAGAUGUCUUCCGGCCCUUGGACAUUCUGAGUGACUUGGACCUACGGGGCAACUCACUGAACUGUGACUGCAAAGUAAAGUGGUUGGUGGAGUGGCUGGCGAACACCAAUACUACUGUGGCUCCCAUCUACUGCUCUAGCCCUCCCCGAUUCCAGGAGCACAAGGUGCAAGACCUCCCACUCAGAGAGUUCGACUGUAUCACAACUGAUUUUGUCCUGUACCAGACUCUGCCAUUCCCUGCAGUGUCGGCUGAACCCUUUCUCUAUGCCAGCGAUCUCUACUUAGCCCUGGCCCAGCCCAGUGCCAGUGCCUGUACCAUCCUGAAGUGGGAUUAUGUGGAACGUCAGCUCCGUGAUUUUGACCGAAUCCCAGCACCUUCAGCCGUGCACUGUAAGCCCCUGGUGGUGGAUGGUCAGUUGUACAUGGUGGCAGCUCAGCUCUUCGGUGGCUCCUAUAUUUACCAUUGGGAUCCAAACACCACUCGUUUCAACAAACUUCAGGACAUUGACCCUGAACGGGUUCGGAAACCCAAUGACCUAGAGGCCUUCCGCAUUGAGGGUGACUGGUUCUUUGCAAUAGCCGACAGCUCUAAGGCAGGAGCCACCAGCCUCUACCGCUGGCACCAGAACGGCUUUUACUCCCAUCAAGCUCUGCACGCGUGGCACCGUGACACCGACCUGGAGUUUGUAGAUGGGGAGGGCAAGCCCCGCUUAAUCGUUUCCAGCAGCUCCCAGGCUCCUGUCAUCUACCAGUGGAGCAGAGCCCAGAAGCAGUUUGUGGCACAAGGGGAGAUUUCCCAGGUGCCCGAUGCCCAAGCGGUCAAACAUUUCCGUGCGGGCCGAGACAGCUAUCUCUGCCUCAGCCGGUACAUCGGCGACUCCAAGAUCCUGCGCUGGGAGGGCGCCCGAUUCUCCGAAGUACAGGCACUGCCGUCCCGAGGCUCGUUGGCUCUGCAGCCCUUCCUCGUGGGGGAACGGCGCUACCUGGCCCUGGGCAGCGACUUCUCCUUCACUCAGAUCUACCAGUGGGACGAAGGGCGGCAGAAGUUCGUGCGCUUCCAGGAGCUGGCGGUCCAGGCCCCGCGGGCCUUCUGCUACAUGCCAGCCGGGGAUGCCCAGCUGCUGCUGGCACCCAGUUUCAAGGGGCAGACCCUGGUGUACCGCCAUGUUGUGGUCGAUCUUAGUGCCUAGGGAGACGCCGUGUGUGCUGAGAUCCUUCGUGGAGAGACGGAUGCCAAG